GUGUGUGUUCAGGUGUGCUGAUGUGUCAUUGUUGUCGUUGUGUGUCAGAUAUUCAGCAGUCCAGCAAACAUAAGGACCGAAGGAAAGGAUCGCUGGACGUUCGCUCGACGACCUCUAGAGGAAGUGAUGGAAGUUCUCAAAGGAGACACUCGUCUAUGGCCAGAAUCCACUCCAUGACUAUUGAAGCUCCCAUCACUAAGGUGAUAAACAUCAUCAACGCGGCUCAGGAGAGCAGUCCGAUGCCGGUGGCCGAAGCGCUGGACCGUGUGCUGGAGAUCCUGCGGACGACAGAGUUAUACUCUCCUCAGCUCGGUACUAAAGAGGAAGAUCCUCACACCAACGACCUG